UUUUCUAAGUGACGACCCUCUAUUUAUAUUUCAAAAUGUUAGUCAGUAGUCGUUAAGCUAACAUCUAUGAUGUUAGUGUUUAAAUAUAAUAAAUAAACAUAUAAAAACUGCUUGGACUGUCAUUAUAAAUAAAGGCAAAGGAGUUCAACGAAAUGUCUUUCAAAAUUGUAUAUAUGUUUGUAAUAUUGUUUCUAACAAAAUCGAGUUUACAACAGUCGAGACGACUUGGAAAGUUCAGAGAAGUAUUCGCGUGGAAACAAUUGACUUAUAAUAUCAACGGGAAUUUAUUACUUCAAGAUAGAUUCGGUGACGUUGAAGAUCGUCAGAAACGAGAAACUGACAAGAUCGUUUUUCAGACUGACAAACAGGAUGCUGGCGACAGGAAUUGGAAUCAACCUCCAAAACAUGCAACUGACAAUACAACCACAGCGGAACCUAAUAGUGAAGUCGGAAGAUUCUUUAUUCAAUACAAUAAUUUGCCAAUGGGCGUGGAAAGGGUCGGUGAGAGAUUAUUCAUAACGGUACCAAGACGACGUUAUGGUAUACCAUCAACACUGAACUACAUUGAUCUGAAAGACACAAAGAGCAGAUCGCCCGCGUUACGCCCGUAUCCUGAUUUAUGGCAAGCGAGGUCGUUGACGUCAGUGUACAGAACUAGAGCUGACAAAUGUGGAAGACUAUGGAUGGUUGAUACUGGACUAUUGGAAAUACCUGAUAAUCCCCAACAGAUACAAACACCAGCUAUAGUUAUUUUUGAUUUAAACACAAACAAACAAAUCUUACGAUAUCCGCUCAAGAGCUCUGACUUACCAGCGGCGAACACUCCAACAGGUUUAGCAUCAAUAACAGUUGACGUAAACGAAGACUGCAGCGACGCAUACGCAUAUAUAGUAGACUUAACAACAUUUGGAAUUAUUGUUUAUUCUCUAAAAGAAAACGACAGCUGGAGACAUACACAUGCGUACUUCCAUUUCAAUCCAACUGCUGCGAACUUGAAUAUUGCAGGUGAAAGUUUCCAGUGGAGUGAUGGAAUCUUUAGUAUCACAUUGACUGAACCCCAAACUGAUGGCUGCAGGACAGCAUACUUCCAUCCCAUGAUCAGUACAGAAGAAUUCUCGGUAUCGACUUGCGUCUUAAAAGACCGUGCUAUAAGAAACAGUAGGAGCUAUUUUACUUUAUAUUCUUACGUUGGCAAACGCGGCGAGAACAGUCAAACAACAAUGCAUGAUUACCAUCCGAAAAGUGGCGCCAUCUUCUUCGCAGACAUCGGAAGAGAUGCCGUGUCUUGUUGGAACACGGGGAAAAUGUUGAACCCAUCGAAUGUGGCUCUAUUAGCUCGUGAUAGACAAAGAAUGAGUUACCCAUCAGAUCUUCAUGUAACUGAUGAUGAAGUUUGGGUGAUGGCGAACACGCUACCAAGGUUUGGGUAUUCGAGACUUGACACAAACGAGUACAAUUUUUAUAUUUAUAGUGGUAAUGUGAACGAAUUGAUCGCAGAUACAGUUUGUUCAGCCCCACCUACGUACUUCGGUUAAAAAAGAAUAUUUAUAAGAAUGCGUCUGCCAGUUAGUCAAAACAUAUUUUAUUUUAUACAAGGCAAAAAAAAACUGAAACAGUGCAUAAGGAUUUUAAAUUGUUUUCUUAUUUAUUUAAAAUUAAAUCCAACGCAAAAUUAUAACAUUUGUUUUAUGUUAUGAUGAUAAUUAUAUAGCUUUUAAUUAUAUUAUUGCAGGGCAAAUAACA